AUGGACUUCAGUAAGAUAUCCAAGAAGCUACAAUGGGGAAGCCAAAAACUAAGGAAACAGAGGAAAGAGGUGCAAAGCUCAGAUAAAGCAUCACAGCUGAAUGCUGGGCAAGAACAGAGGGGAAAAGAAGCAAUGCCUUUCAUGCAAAUGUUUCAAGAGGAUCAGAAGACGAAGAAGCAGAAGCAAGCAGCAGCAACUCCUGCUCCAACCCCGCUCCAGCUCCCCAUGCUCAGCGGGACGAUGGAAGCAGGCAGACGUCCACCGCCCCAGAGGGGCUGCUGGAAAGUGUGUGGGGCAGCUUUCCCUCACAUCUGCUUAAUCUCCUCCUUGGUAAUCUAUGCAAUGUUGGGGGCUCUAAUUUUUUCAUACAUUGAAGGACAAAGAAACUCAGAAAACAGAGAUUAUGAUGAGUAUCUGGAGGAUCUUUGGAAAUCACUUAACUUCUCUGAAAUGAGGAAAGAGCUAUUCAAGAGUGACAUCAAGGAGCAGCUCUACGGUAUUAAAUUAAAAUGGCUUGCUAAACCCAGUGAGUGGUCUUUCUUGGGAUCCCUGUUUUUCUGCUGCACUGUUUUCACCACAGUGGGUUACGGCCACAUAUACCCCAUAACACGCCUUGGAAAAUACCUCUGUAUGUUUUACGCCCUUUUUGGAAUACCUUUAAUGUUCUUGGUCUUGUCCGACGUCGGAGACACCCUAGCAUCCAUCCUUUCCAUGACUUAUAAUAAAUUCAGGAAAUUUCACUUCCUAAAAUUGUGGUCCAGAUUUUCUUGUAUGAAAGGAAGACAGUUGAGGCCUGAUCAAGACUCACUUUUUAUAGCUAUGAGUAAAUCGAGAAGCGUCUCAGAAGAACCAGCAUUUCCAAUUUCUGGAAGAAGGCAUUCUCUUCAGUGCCAAGACGAACCAUUGGAGGCAAGGCAGCAGCAAAGCACACUGCAACUCCCAUUCAGAGCUACAGAAAGAUGUAAUUCGUGUCCUGAGCUGGAUACUGGAAACCUGGUAUUUCCCACGAUAGGAAACACUGAUGACAUUGGAAGAGAAAUGGAAAAACUAGACAUUCCCAUCAUACUAAUUGUUCUCAUCGUUUUUGCUUAUAUCUCUUGUGCGGCUGCAAUUCUGCCCAUUUGGGAAACAGAACUGAAUUUUGAGGAAGCUUUUUACUUUUGCUUUGUGACACUGACCACGAUUGGGUUUGGGGAUGUCGUUCUGCAGCAUCCAAAUUUCUUCAUGUUUUUCUCAAUAUACAUUGUCAUCGGGAUGGAAAUUGUGUUCAUUGUUUUUAAACUGCUCCAGGACCGACUGGUCAAUUUUUAUAGAAAGACCAUGUCAUUUGUUAUAAAAGGGAAAAAAUUCUCACCCUUUUGA